UCGUGUGUGUUGCGGCAUUGUGCGCGACUCCUUUGAGCCUUCAAUGAGUACCACAAAAAUAAUAAAUCGCUCGCAUCUCCGGUCGCGGCGCCUCACUCCGCUUUCGUACAGCGCGGCGAGUGCACGCGACAAUUGCACAAUGAAAUAAAUUGAUAAACAUCACUACAUCAGUGUUAGGCAUUUAUCAUAAAUAAAAUUUCAGAUAUUUACAAAAAAAAAAUAAGUUUCAAGUGACAGUUUGCAGGAAACUUGUGAGGAAAAAUGUUUAGGAUUAUAAUUCAUUAUUUGUUAUUGAUAAACACUUGCUUUGCGGAUUUCUUUCUGAAUCAUAUAAAUCACAUGGAGUUCUACAAGAACAGGACACGGCCGUCGAAGGCUUUCUCCAGUUUUUCUAUGAACUACCUGAACCAUAACGUGGUGCGUCCGGGGCGGCCCGGCAGCAGCGGCAGCGGCGCUGAGGAGGUGCAGUGCGGCACCAGGACUGUGGACUUCAGCCCGCGCAGGACUGGCAAGAUCGUCGGAGGAGCGGAGACACCUUACGGGGCCUACCCAUGGCAGGUAGAGGUGCAGCUGUUGGAUCCUGACAAGUUGACGUUCGAGCACCAUUGUGGAGGCGCUGUCAUCGCGUCGCGCCUCGUGCUCUCCGCCGCACACUGCUUCGACAAGCAACCGUUGCAUCUGGACCACAUAAGAAUCGUGGUGGGCGAGCACCGGCUGAAGGUGCUAGACAAGCACGAGCACCGCUUCCUCGCGGAGAAGGUGGUCCUCCACCCGGACUUUAGGAAAAACGGUCCGCACAGCAACGACAUAGCGCUCAUCCUGGUGUCCCGAUCGGGCGCCGGGGUGCAGUUCAACUCGCACGUGCGCCCUAUCUGCCUGCCCGAACACUCCGCGCCGGGGCUGGGGGAGAGGGAGGCCGACGGCACCUGGUGCUCCGUCAGCGGCUGGGGAUACCAGACAGAAGGCACAGAGACGUUCGCGCCGGUGUUGCGUGCGGCCGACGUGCCGCUCAUGGAUCUGGACACGUGCCGGAAGAGCCAGGUGCUGGGCGGUCGCCAGCAACCCAUUCUCGAUUCUAUGAUAUGUGCAGGCGUGCUGUCUGGUGGCGUAGACGCGUGCCGCGGCGACUCCGGCGGGCCGCUGGCGUGCCGCGCGGCGGGCCGCUGGCAGCUGCACGGCGUGGUGUCGUGGGGCUCGGGCUGCGCUCGGCGCGCGCGCCCCGGCGUCUACACACGCGUGGCCUCGUACAUCGACUGGAUCAAAGUCACCGCCAGCGGCAUGGGGCACCAGCUAUAGCCGCUAGCGACACGCUCAGCUGAACAUGCGGCCGCAGAAGUAAUGGGACAAGAAACUAUAAAGCAGCAGACAAAUCAGUAGAACAAAUUUAACCAAACCAUGGAAAUGUGACACAGUAAUAAAUUAUUUGAAUAAGUGAUAAGACAAUUUACUCGUAGACAGGGUAAAGAAGGUAGUUUAAUUCAAUGGGUUGGUUUUAACUGAUGUUUUUAGAAGUUUCUUUUAAGUUUCUCAUCGGAAAAUUUAGGCGGCCAUAGAUUCUUAUGUCCGAUGAGUUGUAGUAAAAUUUACAAACAGUAUUUUAUUGUAUACUUUAAUGCCAAAGAUUUAAUGUAAACAGUUAGUUACCUUGAGCCUUGAGUUACCACACAAGUUACUGCGUUAGUUUGAUCUAAGCUUAAUUUAAUCAAUACCGUGCUUUUGAUUGUAGAUCGAACAUAGUUCAUCAUGCAAGUGCUAAAUGUGUUGUGUUACAACUUUAUUUAUGUUAAUUUAGAAAAUC